UUGUGUCAAAGCAGGCUGUGUUUUCAUUUCCCAGGACCGAUCCUGCCGAAAAAAAUCGUAUCGGGAAAUAGGCAACCGGGGAUUUUCCAAGCGACCACAUUUUGCCAGAUUUCAAGGCGCACCCGUCGUACAGGAGCAGCAUCAAUAAUGGCCCUUCGGUUGUUUCGCCUGAGCCAAGAUGUGGUCACGCCGCUGAUCAAACGUAACUGCUCCGUGUCGGCGUUUGAGCUGCAGCACAAGAACCCGGUCGCGCGGAAGGUGGAGAAAAUCCCGAAGGCGCAGUACGGUGGCCGACACACGGUCACGAUGUUGCCCGGUGGUGGUAUCGGUCCCGAGCUGAUGAGCUACGUGCGGGAAGUGUUCCGGUUUGCUGGCGUACCGGUGGACUUCGAGAUCGUCGACAUUGACCCGGCGAGUGAGGGUAACGACGAUCUGGAGUACGCGAUCACCUCCAUCAAGCGUAACGGUGUCGCGAUCAAGGGUAACAUCGAGACAAAGUCGGAAGCUACGGGCAUUCUAUCGCGUAACGUAGCGCUUCGUAACGAGCUCGAUCUGUACGUGAACGUGCUGCACUGUAAAUCGUUCAACGCGAUUCCGGCCCACCACCAGAACGUGGACGUGGUGAUCGUUCGCCAGAAUACUGAGGGCGAGUACGCGAUGCUUGAGCACGAGAGUGUGCGCGGUGUGGUGGAGAGCAUGAAGGUGGUGACGAUCGAGAAUGCGGCUCGCGUUGCGCGGUUUGCGUUCGAAUUCGCCAAGAACAACAACCGCAAGAAGGUGACGACCAUCCACAAGGCCAACAUCAUGAAGCUGGCUGAUGGGCUGUUUCUGAAGGUGGCUCGGGAUAUCGCGAAGGAGUACCCGGAUAUCCAGCACAACGACAUGAUCAUCGAUAACUGCUGCAUGCAGCUGGUCUCGAACCCGCACCAGUUCGACGUAAUGAACACGACGAACCUGUACGGUAGCAUCACGUCGAACGUACUUUGCGGACUGGUCGGCGGAGCAGGCCUCUUCUCUGGCCGUAACUAUGGUGACCAUUAUGCCGUCUUCGAACCGGGCACCCGUAACACUGGUACGGCCAUCGCUGGCAAGAACGUGGCGAAUCCAGUGGCGAUGCUCAGUGCUGCCGUCGAUAUGCUGUACCAUCUAGGACAUCGUUACCAUGCCGAUUGUAUUUCGGAUGCGCUUCACAAGACGAUCGAUAUCGAUGGAAUCCAUACACCGGAUCUCGGUGGCACAAACACCAGUACCGACAUCGUUCAGAAUGUGUUGAAGCAUCUGGCGGAGAAGAGAACGUACUGGUUCCCGGCGUAUGCGUACAUGUGAAAAGUUAGGCUAAAAACAGUACAAUCGAAUCUAUACCAAAGCCCCAACCAAGAUUCCUUUAACCAAUCGUGUUUCCUUCCGUUACCCGAUUCAUAACAUCUAACCCGUGGUCGGUGGGUUUGUUUUGGGAAGUGACGUUGUAGCCAUAAUUGGUGCUGGGGUGUAUUGCAGAACUGAAGCAGAGCGACAACAGGACGAACAGAAAAAAAUCCCUUACCCGAGUACAUACAUAAACCAAACGCACCAUACGGGGUAAAUUUGGACAUUAGAUGCGAUGUGAAAAGUGAUGCAAAAUUGAACAUAAAACUGCUUAACGAGACACGAAAUUUACCUUCAAACGAUUACAACCAAAUAUAACAUUUCUUACUCCAUCGUGCUUUGCUACGAAUGGUUCAAAUUCAGUCAUGUUGUUGCAGGCCUUUCCCAAAAAAACUUUAUUUGUUACCUCAUA